AUGACGCUAGAGGACUUUGAAAAAUCUCUUGCAGAGAGUCGCGAACUGAGACAGUCUGAAAAUAACACGGACAAGGAUCGUUCUCGUUCGCAUCGCCAUCAUCAUCAUCACCACCGACACCACCAUCGCAAUUCGUCGAGAACACGAGACAGGCACCAUGACAGAGGCGAAAAUAGAGAGGAGCAUAACGAACACAGACAUAAAAGGUCCAGGAGAGACGAAGACGGCGAUGAGGGCGACGGCCAUCACAAAAGACGCCAUCGACAUGACAGCACUCAUGGCACUGGUUCCCCAAUCGAUGAGACGCUAACGGGCUCGACAACUACGAAAACUGACUUGAAGCGUGACUCAUGGAUGCAACCACCUACUGCGGACGACAUAGAUUAUAUUCAUAGACCGGAUAGACGCGUCCAAGAGCAGCCUGAGCCGAAAAAUUUGCGAGCCGAUUUCGAGCUGAAAAUACACGACAAAGAGCUCAAUACCCAUCUACGUGAUUUAAAUGAGGGGAAGAAAACUGUUGAGGAAAUUGAGAGUCAGCCCUCUCAACACGUGGUGGACUACACUUUUGGUGAUGCGGGCUCUCAGUGGAGAAUGACGAAAUUGAAAGCCGUGUAUCGAGAAGCUGAGGAAUCGGGUAGAAAGGCGGAAGAAGUUGCAAUCGAACGCUUCGGAGACUUGAGGUCCUUCGAUGAUGCUCGAGAGGAAGAGAUAGAACUGGAUCGCAGGGACAGAUAUGGGGAGUCAUACGUCGGCAAAACAAAGCCCAGCGGAGAACUCUUUCAGGAAAGAAAGCUCAGUCAGGGUGCUCAUACGACUACUCAACCUCGAGAUCGACAUGCCAACGAAUCUCCCGUCAGGGAACAAGGGAAGUCGAUGGACACAGUUGAGCCUGUUAGCACGACGCAUCAUCUAGACGCCACUGCACUCAACCGGCUUCGUGCAAAGAUGAUGAAGGCGAAGCUUAAAGGGUCAGCUGAGGCCGCUGAAUUGGAGGAGCAAUACAAUGCUGCGGCAGGCUUGAUGGCAAACCGCAAAGAACGUGAUGUGGUUGUUUUGGGUGUUAUGGAUAAUAGAAUGCUAGCCGGUGGUGCUAGGGGCGAGGUCAAGCCAGUCGACAAUCGUCGAGGCCGUGAACGUGGCCAAGUACAGGAGAAUGAUGACAUGUCGAUUGAAGAUAUGGUAAGGGAAGAGCGGCGAACGCGCGGUCAAGCCGGCGGAGAAGGUCUUAGACUGGCCGAAAGGAUUGCAAAGGAUAAUAAGUUCGAUAACGAUUUGGAGUACAUGGAUGACAAUGCAAGCAAACUGGCCAGGCGGGUGCAGAAGUCGGAAAUAAACUUGAAGAAUACUGCCAUCACCGAGUUCCACAAGAUGAACAGAAUUCUAGAUAACUGCCCUUUGUGUCAUCAUGAAGACACAAAUACGCCCCCAGUGGCUCCCAUUGUUUCACUAGCUACACGUAUCUUCUUAACCUUGCCAACAGAGCCCGAGCUCAGCGAAGGAAGUGCCACUAUUGUGCCAAUCCAACAUCGUACAAACCUGAUGGAGUGUGAUGAUGAUGAGUGGGAAGAAAUCCGAAACUUCAUGAAGAGCUUGACCCGAAUGUACCAUGACCAGGGUCGUGAUGUGAUCUUCUAUGAAAACGCAGCACAUCCAGACCGGAAGCGCCAUGCAGCACUCGAAGCCAUUCCCUUGCCAUACAGUCUAGGCGAAACCUCGCCAGCUUUCUUCAAGGAGUCUAUACUGGCGGCCGAUUCCGAGUGGACCCAACAUCGGAAAUUGAUCGACACUCUAGCCAAGGCCAAACAGGGAUUGGGAAAGUUAGCUUUUCGCCGCACGCUGGUCAAGGAGAUGCCCUAUUUCCACGUUUGGUUUGAGCUUGAUGGCGGGCUCGGCCAUAUUGUGGAGGAUACUCACCGAUGGCCGCGUGGAGAUCUCUUUGCGCGCGAAACGAUAGGGGGUAUGCUGGACCUGGGCCCGGAGAUCAUCAAAAGACAAGGCCGGUGGAGCAAAAGCGGCGAUCGGCGGGUUGAACCCUUUCGAAAGCGAUGGCGGAGGUUUGAUUGGACUCGUAUACUCACAGAGGGGCAGUAA